AAGUUCCGCUGAUAGAAAGGUUCGCUUCUUAGGCAGAGAACGUCGUUGACAUCACUUCGACUAUUGGUAAGUUUUCAGUAGUCACAAGUCGAUGGUAAAAAUUAUUUCGCCUGGACCGGUGUAAACCAAAGACAAGAUGGCCGUUGCAGGGAUUGGCAUGAUGAUCAUCUCCAUAGCAACCAAGAUAUAUACCGACCCCCAUGGCCAAGGACUCACCAUCUACAGGCCUGACUGUCCUCCCGGGUAUUGCAUGCUUGGAGAUUACGCGCAGGAAGGGGACAUCAGCAAGCCCAAUCCCAGUGUCAUGGUGUGCAUCAAAAUAAAACACACAAAAUUCUUCGCCAAAGCCAAGGACUUUGUCCAAGUAUGGAGUAGCGAAGGACCUGGUAGUGGACGCGGAUACAGUGGUGAUAGCGACGAUGAGGGGUCCAGCGAUGGAAAUAAUGGCUCAGGUUCUGGUCACAAUGGAGUGUUGGCAUUUUGGAAACCAAAAGUUCCAAAUCUGAACUAUGUUGCGCUGGGUCAUCUAGCGACAACGAGUUACGAUCCACCCUCAGUCGGAAACGUGUGUAUCGUACACAGGCUUAUGGUCGAUCAAGGAAUUCCGGGUCGUCGCGUAUGGAGAGAGGAGUCCGGUAUGGCCAGCUUGUGGUCUUUGGCUCCCAGUUAUUCAUAUAUAAACUUGGGCCUGUUCUUAAGCAGCGACUCCAAAUCUGCGCCUCACAUCUCAGAUUUCUGGUCCUUAAUACCCGAGGUUAUUCCAGCUCCUUUCAACGCUUCAUUGUCAAUUAAAAAGCUCAACAAAGACGAGCUCGCGCUCAUUUACAGAGGUCAAGAGUGUGAGGAGUCCAAGCGACUCAGCGUGUAUCUUCCCCAAGCUCCAAUCGGGUAUUCGCCUCUGGGACACUAUGCAGAGCGCGGCUACGGUCGAGCAGGUCAGGGAGCGAAAGUGCUUGUUGUCAAAGAGAAAGGAAACAAAGGUCUCCUAAUGCAUCCGAUCACUUACCAAGAACUCUGGAGGUCAGAUGCCAAGAAUAACAAUACUGAGGCAGCAGUAUGGCGACCAGUGCCACCUCCAGGAUACUUCUGCCUCGGUCACGUUUUGGGCCUCGGCUUGGAGGCGCCGCCCACUAACGCCAUUGUGUGCCUUCACUGGAGCGUUAUUGCAAGGGGUUGGCCUGAGCGAAGUAAAAAGGUGUGGUGGAACACGUGUUCGCAAAAGAAGGAAGCAACUAUCUGGCAAGUUCCUGGACUCGGCGACUGCCUCAGUGCUGACACGUUUGUGAUUCAUCGUGGCUUCAACAGUCCUCACUGGGAAGAACUCCUUUUCCACUGCUUCUAUCUGAAUAGAGUGUCGGUCAGAUAGGAGAGAAACGUGCGCAAAAGAACCUGUCCAAUUCUUUUCUGAUUUAGUUCUAUCGUUCCGCAUAGUUUUCGUUCCCUCAUUUCACAUUUUCAGCCCCUAGUAAGAUGGCUGUCAAUCAUAUCUUACGGUUAACUAACUCUUUCAGGGAGCACGCAGGCAACAUUACAGCAUUUGUCACGCAAAAAUAACGCAUACUGGAAGAAAAACUGUGCAACGAAUGAGAACAAAUAUCAGAAAGAAGAGCAUUUCUAAGAAUUUUUGAUUUAACAGUUUUUAUGACCUAGGAAAAAUUCAGUGGCUCGUAGGAAUUAAGUUAACCGUAAAGAAUUCAAAUUAGCUAAAUAUAUUUUGCAGUCUUAAUGACUUAGAGAGAAAUUCAUAGGCUCGUAGGAAUUAACCUAACAGAGGAGAAAUAAAUUAAAAAUAAAGAUUCUGACUCGA